AUGCCGUUGAGUAGCGAGCGAGAUUUUUCCUAUGUACCACAACCGAUUCAAAAACGUCAAAUUAUAUCAAAUGAACGUUAUAAAAUAUUAAAUUCCCCCAAAUCAACACAAUCAUCAGCAAAAAGUGCUUCAGUUGAAUCACCUUCGCUUAUCAAAUUAAACCAAUCAGCAUUACGUCAAAUACCAAGUAAAGCAACGUGA